AUGAAGUCCGAGACCACCAGCCGUCACCACGCGGCGCCAGCAAAGAUCCGUGAUUCCUUCUCCCGGGCCAUGUCCGCCAUGUAUGCGUCUGAGGUCCCUCUAUAUGGAAGACUGUUGUCUCUUGUCUCUCAUGUCAACAAGACGACCCUUGAGCAGGACGGUUCACUACGCCAGCGCUUGGAAGCCACAGAUGACCUGAGACCGCAUCGACAUGGAACGACAUGGCGCGAUCCGAUGCGUCGCGUGCUACACGUAAUGAACAUGCUUCCUACUGGGUUUUACGACCUCUCCGCAGCGGGAGUGCCAGUGCAUGCGACUUGCUUCCGUCCUCAUAGCGCAUCGGAGCUAUCCCAGAACCCAUUCCGUCUGUUUGUUUCGCUGUUGCAGCUGCACCUGAUCACAGAUGAAAAGCUCCGAACUAUUGUCACAGAGACUCUUGCCCGCCGUCAAAUCUUCUCAGACCGCAUGUACGAGCUGCUAGACAUCUGCGAGCGCUACGGUGGCCUUACAGACGCCGAAGCCGAGGAGUUCGUGCAGGAGGCGAGGGAUAGUUUUCGAUGGCAUGCUAGUGCUGCUGUUCCUUACGACGACUACAUGCGGCUCUUGCGCGAUAAUUCUGUCCUAGCCGAUAUUGUUGCUUUUCGGUCGCCGCACAUCAACCACCUCACGCCUCGUACCUUGGAUAUCGAUGCCGUGCAGUCCGAUAUGCUCAACCAGGGUAUUCCGCUGAAAGAAUACGUCGAAGGUCCGCCGAAAAGGAAAUGCCCCAUUCUCCUACGACAAACCAGCUUCAAAGCCAUUGAGGAGGCGAUUGAAUUUCCAAACGAAAACAAGGGCGACCCGACAGUAUUGCCCAGUGCCGUGUCUGGGUAUCAUACAGCCAGGUUUGGAGAGGUCGAGCAACGUGGUGUGGCUUUAACAGUCAAGGGGCGCCAGAUGUACGAUUCAAUGUUGCAAUCAGCCUUGCAGGAUGGCAUCACAGCCGCGCAUGGAGAGGCAUAUUCCCUUAAAUUCGCCAAAUUCCCCGACUCAUGGGAGGAUCUACGUGCGGAGGGCCUAGCGUGGUUUCAAUACCGUGUUGAUUGGGACAACCUGCAAUCGUCAGAGACUCCCAAGUCCGAUGAUCUCGAGUAUCUGAUUGGAUCUGGUUACGUGGUGUACGAGCCCAUCGUGUACGAGGAUUUCCUCCCUAUCAGCGCAGCGGGCAUCUUCCAGAGCAAUCUUGCCAAACCAGGGGCGACCAACGGCGGGUCACCAAAAAUGGUUCCUUGCAGUAACAGACGAGAAUUUGAGCUCGCCCUGGGUGUGGUAACUAUGGACGAGAUGAUACUAUACAAGAACAUCCAGGACGAGAGUCUCCUGAAAUGUCGACAAUGUGUUCAAGACUUUAAACUGGGAGUGACGACAAGACAGGAAAAGUCGAUAUAA